AUGAGGUUCCCCCCCAUCCUCCCCUCCCCACCCCGUGGGAAGGGGCUGGCCAGGCCCCCCCAGGCAGCCCCCCCAGGCUCUGCCCUGCAGUGCUGCUCCUGCCAGGCCCAGAUCGGCAACAAGGACUGUCAGCAGGUGCAGAACUGCAGCCAAUCUGAGACCCAGUGCCAGACCGAGCGCACCCGUGACAUCGUGGGCCUCGUGACCGUCAUUAGCAAGGGCUGCAGCGUGCACUGCGUGGAGGACUCAGAGGCCUACUACGUGGGCAAGAAAAAUGUCACAUGCUGCUCCGCCGACCUGCGCAAUGCUAGUGGCCACGCCCCGUGGCCAGCAGCCGUCACUCUGACGCUGCUCCCUGCUCUGAGUGGGCUGCCACUCUGGGGCCCCACAGCUGCAGCAUCUGGGAGGGCCGCAGGCCCCAUGCCUUGCAGUGGUGCCCAGAGUCCCUGGGGCACUGAUUACACACACCCAGACCCUGACUCAGGUCGGGCUAUGGCCCUCUGUCCUCUGCAGCUCUCCUUUGCUCCCUCCAGGACUCCUGCCCAGCCCCUACUGCCCAGGAGGCUGGUCUCUAGUGACAUGGAGCAGACUGCCGAUGGCCUGUCAGACCCUUGGGCUCUGGGCUGCAGCCGUUUCCACUGCCCAGUAUUCUUACCCACCCCUUAACCCUCACUUGGGCACCUCUUCCUCCAGGAAGCCUUCCUGCCUGCCCCCUCCAUGAGCUAAGCCAGGUCCUGCCUGUCGUGCCCCCUGCACCCAGCAUGGAGGAGGCUCUCACGAGGGCCCUGCUGAGAUGAAAGGUUCUAAGUAGAAAUGGAGUCCAGGGUGUGAGGUCCCGGGAACCUCAAGAGAUGAAGCUCGGAGCGGGGACCAGCUCCCCGGGUUCACGGGGGAGCAGCAACCCAGCACACACCUUAAUAAAGGCCCAUUGGCUU